GUGGUGUUUACUUGACGUAGUGGAACGUCAUCAAACUGCGUCAAGCACCGCGUACGUGCGCUUGUGACUUCCAAAUAAAAUUGAUUUGUAAAUAGGUAAACAUGCCUAUGAAAGGGAGGUAUCCGAUCAGAAGGACGCUGGAGUACCUCCAGAAGGGCGACAUCAUCUUUAAGAAGAAGGUGAAGAUCAUGACCGUGAAUUACAACACACAUGGAGAGCUCGGCGAAGGAGCAAGGAAGUUUGUGUUCUUCAACAUCCCGCAGAUUCAGUACAAGAACCCGUGGGUCCAAAUAAUGAUGUUCAAGAAUAUGACACCAUCGCCCUUCCUCAAGUUUUACCUGGAUGAUGGUGAACAGGUCCUGGUGGAUGUGGAGGGAAAGGACUGCAAGCAAAUUUCACAGCAUGUAAAGAAGAUUCUGGGUAAAUCAGAUGAAGUGCUGCAUGCUGAAGCUCAAGCCAAGAUGCAGGCGUCCCACCCUGCCAACUUCGGCCCAAAGAAGUACUGUCUGAGGGAGUGCAUCUGUGAAGUCGCGGGCCAAGUGCCGUGUCCCGGCACCAAGCCGCUUCCAAAGGAGAUGACGGGCAAAUACAGAGCCAAGAUGGCACAGUCACAGGACUGAGAGGCCAAGCAGCUCACUUUUACAUCUCCUCUGGACAUUUAUCUGGCUGUGAUGGCUAUAUUAAAGGACAUAUGCUCCAGCCAGAAGCUGCAGCAUCGCACUGACACACGAUGAUCUGCUCCACCAUUUUCACACAGACUUUUAACAUUCAUCAAUACAGAUGUUAACGUCCAACUCUCAAUAGCUCAUUUAUGUGAAAUUCUGUGCAGGUUAAUAUGUAUGUUUGAGUUACUGCUGGGAUAAAGUUUUACACUCAAAAAUUCUCAGUCUCGUGCAUGCAAGUGAUGGUGUAAUCCAUAUUGACUCAUCCUGCCAAUCCUGGAAACUAAGAAACCCCCAUCUACUGUUCUGUUGUACUAAUUUAGUGAUGUCAAAGUUACUUUUCUACUGCUCGAAGAGAACUCCUUCAAUCUAAUCUAAUCUAGUCAUAAUGUGGCUGACACAAGUGCAUCUUUGUAAAUUAGGAUAUCAUAAUUUAUUUCAGAAAUUCAAAUAAGAGUUAUGACCAACAUAAGUUUGCUACACGCUGAUAAAAUUUGUGUCAAAUUACAGUAAUGGCCUUCAGCUGGUCUGCAUUGUUGAUUCUGGUGUUUCUAAACUUUCCUGCAGAGUCUCCAUAAAGCUCGUCGGUAGAGGGAAGCACGGAGCGUUGCAAUAUUUCCUGGUACUUUUUAGUUUUUGGACUAGAAAAAGCACAAUGGACCAACAUGAUUCUGAAAUCAUCACCAAGUUUUGAAAUUUCACACUGAACUUCAGGCAACUUGAGACCCUGUGCUUCUCCAUGUGUUCUCUGGACUUUGAUUUUUUUUUUAAAUUUAGUUUAAAGAGGAGUUUGUACCACUCAGCAGCAGUCCAUUUUUCUCAUUUUCUCUGGUGCAGGUGUGACUCCACAAAAAGAGAUUUAGCUCCGACUCCAGCUGAAGUUCACACCUUUCCAAUCUCCCCCAACUCUUGAAUUUCCUUUACAUCACAAUUCUCUCAAGGCUUUAAUUAUUCCUGUGUAGGUUAUUCUACUACACUUUUACCUUCCACCCAACUUUCCAGCAACGUGGAGGAUGUCUAUUUACUGAGCGCUCAUUUCAACUGCAAUCCCCAUGAUUGGGUUAACUUGAAUAUUUCUCUGUUUUUAUUGCUUGUAAACGAUUUAUGUUUUAAGAGAAUGAAUCUUGUGUUAUUGCAGGUCAAAACUGGCAGGAAUGUUUAAAACACAGGUUGGGUGGUGAUGGGUCUAUACCCGUUUCAUGUUGAAACUUAAUUUUUCUGAAAUAAAACCCAUUCAGUGGCAUUCCAAUUAUAUUUUUUUUACCUGCCAGGAGAUUAGAAACAAAGUUAGGAACAAAAAAAAAAAACAUCACAAAAUAUUGUUACAGAUGAAUUUAUUUGUGUUGAAGAAACUUCCUCUUACGAAAGUGAUGGCUGUGAAUCAUUGUGCAGUUCCUUGUUUUAAUGUAGGCAUGUUGCAAUUACCUAAAAACUAAAAUCAACUGCUAACAUACAUGUAAGGAAUUCA